GACCAGGUCGCACAGCAAUGCCGACAAAACCGAUUGUUCUGUCGGACCGUAGAUGCCCUGCAAGAGCAGUAUGGGCGCAGAAUGUAUGCUGCAAAACAGCUGCUACAAAGGUUCGAAAACACCAUCGCACAACUCGAACAACAGGUCAACUACCUACAACAGCAAAAGCAAACUAUCGAGCGGCAAAUGGACCGUUACGAGCAUGAUCUGCCCUUGAUACAACAAUAUGCGCUUGACCGGCAAACAAAACGAUCCAAACGGCAACGCCAGUACAAUACCUUAUAUUGGAUCCCACUCGUCGCGAGUCGGUACAAGCUCAAAUACAUGCGUGCCAGAGACAAGUUUGCCAAAGCCGAGCACCAAGUUGCGCAGAUUCGGCAGGCUAUGGAGACAUGUCAUCGCACAUGUCGCCGCAUUGCACAGUCAUUAUGUCACACGCGGGAUCAGCGCGAGCAGACGUGUUCCCAUCGUAAUCGGACUGAAAAGCAGCUGCAGCACCUUGACAACACGCUUUUGUUGCUAGACGAAGGGCGUCGGUUUUGGUACGACUUUGAGAAAUACCAGGCCAGGAUCGUAAUUGAGUCUGCUGAAUAUUUGAUACGAUGGUCUUCACCACUGUCAACACCUCAGCAGGUUGAUCAGUGGACCAAGACGUUUAAAAUGGCAUGUUUUGAGUAUGACGAGUGUCUCAAGCACGGCGAAGAACGGUGGUUUACUAUCCAGGUCGAGUUUGAUUGUGCUAUUUGCAACAAU